AUGUCAAAGAACUUCAUCUCAGCAAAAGCGCAUUGUAUUGUAUUGUUCCCUAAUCGAAAUCCUAUGCUUCACAUUUUCAUCAGAACUCAUAAAAAUGGAGUCUUUCCUCAAACCAAAGCAAAGGCCCAAAAAACACCGUCCUCUAACCCUAUCAAGACUAAUAAAAGGCAUAAUUUGCCUAAUCAUCUUAAUCUCAACCGCAUUCGUGCUUUUGGUGUACUUUGGCUUCUGGACAGCUGUCCCCUUGAGGCUCGUCAGCGUACAUCACAGCAGAAAAACAACCGCAUUGUUCUUCGGGAGCUGGAUUGCUUUGUGGCCUUUCUUGUUCGAGAAAAUAAACGGGACCAAAGUGUGUUUUUCCGGGGACCGCUUACCCGUGGAGAGGCGCGCGUUGCUUAUCGCGAACCACAGGACGGAGGGUGUGAGGGUUAUCUUAAGUAUGUUUUGAAGAGUAGCUUGAUGAGACUGCCCGUUUUCGGAUGGGUUUUUCACGUGAUGGAGUUUAUUCCGGUCGAGAGGAAAUGGGUGGUUGAUGAAUUCAAAAUGUGCCGGAUUCUUCAAAAGCAUGCUUCCGAAAAUGGGCUGCCGGUUCUGAAAAAUGUGCUGCUCCCGAAGACAAAGGGAUUUUAUGCUUGCCUCGAAACUCUAAGGGACUCACUCGAUGCAGACCAGCUCCCAACUCAAAGGAAUGGAAAGCGGAUUCAAGGCGACAUCUCUAUGACAUCACAAUCGGGUACCAACACAAUUGCCCCUCGUUCUUGGACAAUGCCUUUGGAGUCGACCCUUCAGAAGUUCACAUUCACGUCCGGCGAGUUUGCCCUAACGACCUCCCGAAAUCCGAGGAUGAAGGAACCUUUCGACGAUGAAAUGUGUGGCGAAUUUCGUUGUGGUAAUGAUAUUGACCGCGACUUGCAUAGUUCUUAG